CUCCCAAGGAUGUCUCCCCCGACGCCCACAACGCGCGAGCUCGCCCUCGUCGUCGUCCUCCUCUUCUCCCUCGUCUUUUUUGUCUCGAGAUCUCAUUCUGGCACGCAGUCGGCGGGCAACCAGCUCUCGUCUGCGACUCAAGACCUUGCCAUCGCUCCCUACGAUCCCUCGCAUGUCCAGACGCCAUACGAAUAUGGCAGCAAUCGAGUAGACGGAUUUCCAGAGACUACUGUAGUUGCGCACGUCCCAGGAUGGACAAUAUUUGAUAGACUAUAUCUGUAUAAUGGCACGGCCUACAUCGUCACCGACGACCCAAAAGGCCUCCCAGACCGCUCCAAAAUAAUCUCCAAAGGACGCCCUAUCCGUAACGGCCCCGUCGAAGUGGCCAGUCGCUUGCCGACAGACCAGGAGAUGCGGAUUGUUAGUACCGCAGAAGCAAGGGAGAUUUUCGGUUGGUGGGUGAACGACCCAGCCCAAUUCAUCACCCACUACUACCACUGGUCCGCCGAGCUCUUCUUCGGCCUCUGGCGCACCUACUCCUCCCUCGACCCCACCAUCCCCGCCAACGGCUCCACCCACCUCCCCCCUCCCCGCCGCCUCCUCUUCUCCCACCUCGACGCCGCGCACUGGCGCGACUACGCCGCCAUGAACGAGUGGGUGCUCCGCGCCGCCUUCCCCGGCAUCGCCCUCGAGUUCAACACCGACUGGGCCGAGCGCGCGGGUAUGGGCGCCGUGAGCGUGCUUGACCGCGUCGUCCUCGCGGACCGCAGCGCCGCGAUGUACGCGUAUAAUUUUCUGAGGACGCAGCGCACGGCGAGCGUGCCCUUCGCGCUUCCUGGCAGCGCGCAUUGGUGGUCCACGAUUCGUGGGAGCGUGAUGCAGUUCGCGGGGUUCAGCGAUGCGAUGCAGCCGAGCGACAAGUACGUGAUCACGUAUAUCUCGCGCCAGGAAUGGGGGAGGAGGAUGUUGAAGCAGGAGGACCACGAGCGGCUCGUACAGGAGCUGUACAAGCUCAGGGAUACGUACGGAUACGAGGUCGUCGUGGCGAACAUGGACAAGAUGUCCCGCGUGGAGCAGCUGCAGCUUGCCGGGCGGACGACCAUUAUGAUGGGCGUGCACGGAAACGGGCUAACGAGUCUCGUCUGGAUGAAGCCCCAGCGCCGCUCGACCGUGAUGGAGUUCUUCUUCCCCGGUGGGUUCGCGCACGACUAUGAGUGGACGACGCGCGCGCUCGGGAUGGUGCACUACGGGUUUUGGGGGGACAGGGCCUUCACGCGUCCCGACGUCCCCCAAGUCGCUUACCCCGAAGGGUUCCAGGGCAACUCAAUACCAAUCGACGGCGCGCUUGUGGCACGGCUCUGCCACGAGCGCCUCACGUUAGCGGAGGAGACGGAUGACUAGACGGGGUGCUUUGUGUCGCAUGUCACGG